GUGAAAGGGAGAAAGUAAAACCACUUUGCAGAACGGAGUUCCGAUGAGUUGGCAAUGACCCAAGCUUUGCCAGUCCUCCGGGAGCUCGUCCUCUGCAGACGCCCGGAGUGUGGAGCUGGACCGCGGAGCUGACCCGCAUGGCCGGGGUCGCGCCGGGGGCACUUGCAGGCCUGGCCUGGGUGCUUUGGAUCUGGCUGCCCCACCAAGGUUGUUUUCUGAAACUUCAGAUGGCAGGGAGAACUCAGCUGGUCUAUCUGAAUCACAAUGUGACCAUUUUCUGCAAAGUCCCUGGUUCUCCACACUUGGACAUCACUACUGUGGGUAUAACCUGGUUCCGGAAGAGUGAUAAAGAAGAGAUAAAAUUGUUUGAGUAUUUUGGAAACCACCAACAGGCGUUCUGACCUGGAGCCAUUGUUUCCCCAAGGAGGCUGGAGAGAGGGGAUGCGUCACUGCAGCUGCCCAGGGUUCAGCUGAUGGAAGCAGGAGAAUACUGGUGUGAGCUGGUGGUCACUCCUCAGAAGGCAAAGGGCUGGGUCUUGCUAGAGGUUAUAGCUUCCCCGCUUAGCAGCCUGUUUCCAGUGCAAACUGUGGUGACAGAACGUAAGGACACAUAUAUUUUGUGUACAGUGAGUUGCUUCUACCCAGAGGACAUUAACAUAACAUGGAACAAGUGGACCCAGAAAGGAUCCCAGCACCUAGAGUUUUCUGACCACGUCAUCUCUGGCCCCACUGUGGAGAACAAGGACGGCACAUUCAACGUCACCAGCAGCCUGAAGCUGCAGCCUUCACUGGAAGACAACAUGACUGUCUACCAGUGUGUCAUUGGUCACACCUCUUUGCACUCCUCCCAGAAGUUCAACUUCACCCUGAUUGUGCUGGAACAUGAGAAGACAACUUCACAUUACACUGUCGGAGCUGUCAGUGUAAUUGUGCUGUUUUUACUUCUGUUAUGCUGCUUUUUAUGGAACAGGUAAGGGGUCUCACAGCAAAGUUCAGCCUUGUGCUAUGAAGUUGACUUCAGAAGCUCAGGGGUCAAAGG